ACAAAAACGCUUGAUGAUUAUAAGGUGAUAUAAUUUAUUUAUUUAUUUUGUUUUUUGAUGAAGGCAGAGCCAAAGAUACAUCUUCAACUACUGUUGCGGGUUACGUACUUGCAAUGGGAAUGGUUCUAAACUCUGUUGACGAGCAUAUGAUCCUGAACGGGGCGGUUGCAUUCUCCUCUGGGGGAGUCUACACGGCUCAAUGUCUACACUUCAGCUCCGUCCUGGGUCCCAGAGCUAGUGUUGUGUUUAAUCAUCACCUUCGUCUUUUCCUAAGAUUCUUACAAGUUGUAUUUAUAAUAUUGUUAUUAUUAUUAAAUUCGUAUAAUUCUUAUUCUUUGGGAAUAUAUAUAUAUAUAUAUAUAAACAUUCGUAUGAAACGAAAUCAGAUUCUGUCAAAAUAUUCUGGGA